AUGUUAACAGCAGACUCCAGGGGCGACAUCGCCACGGAAAGAGUUCUGGAAUCUCCUACUCCUCACUUUUUCAACCAUACCUUGAAUGCUUCAGCGUUCGAUUUCUAUGACAACAAAGCUCGUUCAAAGUCAAAGAAUUCACCUCAGACCCGACCAGCUUUUGACAGAUGGCGGCCCAAAUUCCACCUCAUGGCCCCUCAUGGGUGGAUGAAUGACCCUUGCGCACUCGGCUACAAUGAGGCCACAGGAACAUAUCAUGCUGGUUUCCAAUGGAACCCCAAGGGUUAUGAAUGGGGGAACAUGUCCUGGGGUUGUGCUUCGUCGAAUGAUCUCUUACACUGGAACGUGCAAAAAAAACCUUCAAUGGAGCCUGAUAGGUCUCAUGGUGAGGAAGGUGUCUUCACUGGCUCGAUGCUGCCCACAAACCCAAACGGAGAGAAAGAUGGAUCUUUGACAGCAUUCUUCACAUCUGCACGAUAUCUCCCUCUCCACUACACCUUGCCUUAUACUCUUGGAACUGAGUCUAUCCAUAUGGCCACCUCGACGGAUGGUGGGAGGAGCUGGACUAGGUAUGAGCACAACCCCAUUGUCAGUCUCCCACCAAAAGAACACAGCGUUCUGGGUUGGAGAGAUCCAUUCAUCACACGCUGGAAAGAGGCCGAUGUCAUACUUGGAAAGACGUCACCAUCAUUAUACGGCUUAGUGGCGGGGAGCAUCCGAGGCAAGACACCAACAGUAUUUCUCUAUGAGAUCAAUCCGACUCGUCUCUUAGAGUGGUCAUACAUCGGCACGCUCAGCGACCUGGGUAUGAAUUUUACCCCCUCAGCCUGGACUGGUGACUAUGGUCAGAAUUUUGAAACAGCAAAUCUCAUCCCUUUGGCGGACUCGAAGGGGAAAAGACACAACAUCAUGACACUGGGUGUAGAGGGGUGUCUAAAACCAAGACCGAAAGAAAGAUCAGAGGUUAUUGAUGACCACUCCCAAAUGUGGCUAUGUGGCCAACUAGAAUCAUCUUCCAAUGGUCUUAAUUUAGGCUUCAAGUUUGGCGGUAUUGUCGAUCACGGGUGCUAUUACGCCAUGGCUAGUUUCCCUGAUCCGAUCACAGGCGAACAAGUAGCAUUUGGCUGGGUGUUGGAAGAAGAUCUAUCCCCAGACCUUACUGCUCGCCAAAAAUGGAGCGGAUGCCUCUCUAUACCGCGCGUGCUACGACUAGUUGAGCUUCACUCCGUAACCAAAGCCCUCAAGACGGACGUUGGGCAAAUUACAUCGAUCCAAGCUACACCCACAGAAAACGACACUUUCUCCAUUCUCACGUUCUGUGCAGUACCGGAUCCCAGACUCCAAAAUCUUCGAAGUUCCCAAUAUUCACUGCAGCCUAGAGUAUUUACAUCCAGGGCACCAGAUCAGGUUGAGUUGCUCAACGGAUGCGAUAGCUGGGAGAUGAAGAUGUCUUUGAAGGUCGGAAGCGCCACUAGAUGCGGCUUCGAGAUAGACUUUUCGCAAGACUACCGGGAAACCGCUCGUGUUUACUUCGAACCUGGCAACGAGAUGCUCUAUGUUGACCGGUCGGCAUCCACAAGCUACCCCGGAAUUAAUCGUCUGCCUGAACGAGCACCUCAUACCUUAUUUACUUUCCUAGACUCUUACAAUAAGGCGGAGGAGCUAGAGACGCUGGAUUUCCACGUAUACUAUGAUUGCAGUGUCCUUGAAAUAUUUGUCAAUGGCAGGACGGCCAUCACAACUAGAGUCUACCCUACAUCAAACACCUCAUUUGGGGUGCGACCUUUCGUAGAGAGCACAGAUGUAAAGGGUGAAAGAAGCGAAUUGGUUUCUUUCAACUUAUGGGAAUUAGAUAGUGCCGAGUGCAUUUCCUAA